AUGAUUAGUGACAUUAAAGGCUUCAAUGAUUUUUUAGCUCAUAAAUCAAUAGCUAAACUCUCUGGAUUAAACAAAAUAUUUAUCAAGAAAUAAGUUGUAUAAGUUUCUAGUUGUGAUAAAUAUAACAUAUAUGGAAUUCAUGAAAUUGAAUCUGACACAGAAUGUAACACACAGGCAAUUUUUUAUAUCGUUGAAUACAGUGACUUCUGUAAUAGAUAAUUUUGCUCAGGAGAUUGCAGAUAAUUUAAGUUGCUGGUUAGUGAUUCAUAAAUCUAAGAAAGAAAUGAAUAAUUUAAAGAGAAUGUAUUUCUUGAAUUCGAUAGACCUUAAAAAUGCACAUUUUGUUGCUUUAAAAGACCUGAAAUGUACAUUAAUCUUAAAAAUUCUACUUCUACUUUCUAUAUAGGAAAAGUUUUGAUGCCUUUCAAAUUAUUUAACAGUAGUUACUAAUUAAAUGCUUUUGAUAUGAAUGAUAACUUGAAAUACAUUAUGAAAGAAAACUGUUGUAGUUUUAACAUAUGUUGUGGGGGAUGUGAUUGCAAAAAAACAUGUAAAGAGCAAUAUUUUAAAAUAUAUGAUUAAAAUUAUUAAGAAUUAACUGCUGUAAAGGCUAUAAAUUACAACUGUCAAAAAUCUUGUUUAAAAGCAAUAAACGACAAAAUACAUGAAUUUCCUAAAAGUGCUUCAACAUAAGAUAAGAUUUUACUCAUAGCAACAAUAAUUAUGUAUGAUAUGACAUUUUUUGAAAUGGAUUGUAGAAGGAGAUGA